GCGACAGCUCCGACGAGGCCGAGUGGGAGGAGGAAGAGAGCCAGUCGGGGCGCCAAAGCUUCAAGGCCAGCUUUCUCGCCAAAGUCUUCUCCUCUGUGAUCGGCUUCGGCGCGGACUGGAGGCUGGCCCAGUUCGUCUACGAUUUGUGGCUUUGGAGUAGCCUUGGUGGGGCGAAACAUUGUGGCGGCGUCUCCCUGCGUGGUGCACUGGCCGGGAAGAACUUCUCGCCGGCUUAUUGGCAGAACAUGCACGCCGCGCUUGUGGAUGUCGUCAAGCAGAUCGGCUUCCCUUCCCUCUUCAUCACGGUGGCGCCUUGGGAGCCAUCGGCUCCGUACCAUGUGUGGCUGGAGGACGAGUUGGGCAAGAUGCUACGCACCCGCACCAACCUCCCAGCCGCCGAGACCUUUCACCUGGCGCAUCUCCUCACCCAGGUUGCCGAGGGCCUUAUCGCAGGGACGAACAAGCGAAGUCUCAAAGAAAGGCACCGCUGUUGGAGAGAGCACGUCCUGGCAGCCUCCGAUGGGGAAACCGACACAGUGGUGGAGAUCUUCGGUCGCCUCGAGUUCCAGGACGGGAAGCGAAAGCGCUACGCCGGGCCAGCACAAAGCUACCACGGUUCUGGCCGAACUCAUCUGCAUCUGUUGGUUUGGUUGAAGAACAUGUCCGCGCUGGAUUGGCCACGCGCCUUGAGAGCAGAUUUGGCGGAAGACGAGCCGGAGAUGAGAGACUUGGUCGCGGGCUCGCAAUUAGACUACGACAGCAGCGCCUGGCCGCUGCACGAAGGCCCGACCACUUUCGAUUCGUCGAAUGGGCGCAUCUCGCUACAUCACCCACGACAAGCCAAGGCAGCGCACGUGAGGGCUUUCCUGCCAGAUGUCAUUGCGGCAAUGCAGUGCCACAUGGACGUGCAGACCGGAGACGGGCGAGCCUUGCUUCUGCAGUACGUCGCAAGCUACGCAGCCAAGUUCAGCGACUCCUUCGCAACCUCCUGGUUGAACGACGAAGCCUCUGCGUACCACUUGGCCCGGAGGAUUUUGACGGAGUACCACCCCUUGGAGCCGGAGAUGUGGCUGCAAUUAGGCGCACAGUUCUUCCGCCAAGUGAUCGCAACUCCAGUCAUGCGGCGCGUGAGCGUGCGAUGUCCUUGGACUAGCCAAGUUGGCGCUUGGGAGACAGCGUACAUGGAAUGCACAUGGCGAGAUGAAGACUGCACGCUGCUACAGUACAUCCGCAUGUCCAACAAGGAUGGUAGGCAGCGUUCCACGCAGCGUGGGGGCGGUCGCCGUCGAGUUGCUGUCGCAGCUCAGAUGAACAGCCGGCUGAAGGAUUCCUUUUAUGGACAGUGGCUGGUUCUCAACGUGCCCUUCCGAGACAUUGAUGAUCUUUGGGACGACCGCGUGCUCCGAGUGCCAGAAGGCUACCGCAUGCUCGCUCUCUGUCUUCUCCGCCGCCCCGGCCUUUGGCGCCGACCGCAGGAAGUGGAGCAAGAACUGCAGUUGGAAGGUUAUCGCGAUGCGCAUGUUUGCAAUAUCCUGGCCAUGUUGGAAGGUCACACAGCCGUGAUCGAUGCCUACCUUUCGGGCCGCUUGGAUUUGCAGCAUGAUCCGCAACCCGAUCCUGGCGCCUUCGCAGCACCGGAGCUUGGGUUUCGCGGGGCUCUGGACCCCGAACAAGCCAUCAUCGUCGAGAACAUCCGGGUGAUGGUUCGCAUUUCGAUGCAGAGGCGGUAUCCCGACGAUGCCACGGUAGAGGACGUGCAAGCCUUGAUGAUUGACCGGCGGCCGGAAAGGGGACCGCAACGCCCUCUCUGCAUCCUUGGGCCAGCGGGCAGUGGCAAAUCCACAUGUGUCGAGGUGGCGAUCCAGCGUGCUGCAGAGGCUGGUGCGCACGUCGGAGUGGCGUGCCCAACCGGCGUGCUGGCCAGCAGCUACAGGGAGAAAUUCCCCGACCUCGAUGUCGAUACCGUCCAUGGUAUGUUCCUACUCCACAAGCCCGAGCACGAAACUUGGGACUCGAUGAUGCCUUUCGAUGUGGCGGUCAUCGACGAGGUCGGGCAGCUUUCCGAGGAGCAUUUCGAGCGGCUGCUGCGACUCUGGGACCACACCGAGAGGCGGACGGUCUUGGUGUUCGUGGGAGACUUCCACCAGCUGCGGGGAAUAGGUAACACUCGCGCGACAGGCAGUCGCCGCUGGCAACAGGUCGUGGUGAAACAUCUUCGGACCAUGCGGCGCUGCCAGUGUGCGGAACUGCGCUGGAAGCUGCAACUGCUGCGCACCGCCAAACCUUCUAGAGAGCAGCUGAAGGAUCUGGUGCGUGGGCAUCGCGCCAUGCCGGACAGAGGGCCCGGGGUAUCGCCUGCACCUACCUCCCUAGACAUGCAAGGAAUGCUUGCCGAAACACCGAACACCACUUUCGUCACCAUCACGCGGCGUAAUGCUGCCUUGCUGAACGACUUGGCGAUCGAGGCACUGUUCGGGGAGGCCGAACCCGUCUGCACAGUUCCGGGAGACCCAGAAAGCAACACUGACAAUUACGGCACAGGGGGGAGAUUGGUCGAUUGUCAACCUGCCCAAGUUCCGAUCUACAUCGGUGCCCGAGUUACCUUGACUCGAAAUGUCAACAAGGAGCUGCAUUUCGUGAACGGCAUGACGGCCGAGGUGGUGGACGUCCGCCAUCGGUGUGUGGUGGUGCGCACUCGGGUUGGCAACAUAGUCACGGUCUUUCCCUACACCGAUGACGAGCUUGUGGUCAAUGGCGAGCCCUGCAGAGUAACCUAUCUACCCCUCCGACUGGGAUACGCAGUCACGUUACAGAAAGUGCAAGGAGCCACGCUGGAUCAUGUGACCAUCUGGCUGGAUGUCCCAAAUGUGGAAGCUGCAGGCUACGUCGCCCUCUCUCGUGUCCGGAAGGAUGUCGAUUGGCGAUUCAUCGGGCAUGUGACGCCGCAUCAUUUCACUCCUGCCAAGGACGUUUAG